AGUACCUGUACGGAAAUGUUGCGCGCCGGAUGAUUUAGCGAGUCGGGUCGCCUAUGUUAGAGCGGUUGGAUCAAGCAAUUGGUGUUAAGUGGUGAAAGACAGCCAUGGCUCGCAAGAAAGUUCACCGCCCGAUCGCAGCAAUGGCCAAGAAGGUCCGUGAGUACUUAGCCCUGAAGAAUAAGCCUCGAGACUCUGAGCGCUAUGCAGUGGACUACGAGACAAUGACCCGUGCUUACACAGGCAAGCUGCUGCCUGUCCUGGCCUGGGAGGAUGUGAGGAAUGAGAACCGGCUCUUCACCCUACUCAGCCGGCUGCACCUCUUUGGCAUUGGGCGGAUGGUCACGCGCAAAUCCUGGUUAUGGCAGUAUGACGAACCUUGUUAUUGGGUUAUCACCAAAGUGAAGGUGGAUUACACAGCUGAGAAUAUGGAUCAUGGAAAAGCCUGGGGGUACUUGACGUUCCGAGGCAAAACAGAAAGCGAAGUGAAAGAAAUCGACAAGGCCAUGUAUCACGACUGGCGCAUGGUACCAAGGCAUGAAGAGGAGGCCUUUAAGAUUUUCACGCCUGUGGAGGAGGAAACGGUUCGCUACGUCCCCUACCCGCCGCUGCUGCGGGCCAUGAUCCUCGCUCAACAGCAGCAGGAUAACCUGAGCACCGAAGAGCCCAUGCUAGACCUGGAGCGGCCCCUUUUCUUCCCAAGAGAGUACUUUGCAAAUCCUAAGAAGCAAGCCGAAGGAACGCCAGUGUGAAGACCUUACAGAGCAUUGUUUCUUUUUAAUAGUUCUUCAUAUUUAUUUUUGAUU